AUGAGCGGCAACGGGGUAGGAUUCGCGCGCGCGAGGAAGAGGGACGUUUUUAGGGAGAAUGUGCGAUCGAUGCACGGGACGAAUUACGCGCGAAAGAACGACGGAUAUAUCGACUGGAGGACGGGGACCGCGUGGGAUUCAUCGAGACGAAAAAGUGAAAAGGAUGUCGUUACUGUUGUAGAUGAUGAUGACGGUAUGAGUGUGACGAGCAAAAGUGUGAAAUCGACGCCUCCGCCGAGGGUGAUUUCAGUGCGAGAUUUCUCGAGCGAGAUGUGGACGAACGCGAGAGGUUCAGGAGGUAAAGGAGGUAAAGAUACCAGCAGCGACGACGACGAAGAAGAAGAUCCACAAUCGACGAUCGAUGACAUCGAUUCAGGGAGGAAAAUGAUGAAAGAUUGGACGCCGCGCGAAACGUUGGAGUUCAUCGAACGCGGCGCGACUGCGGAAGACCCGAGAGAUUUCAUGGACGACGAGACGAUUCGAGAGUACGAGGCGAUGAAACGGAGGAUCGACGAAGCACCGGCGAAACAGAAACGGUUUUUGUUGAAUCAGGCGUUGAAAGGGCGCGUCUUUUCGAACGUUCAAGACGAGGAGGAUCGGGAGAGAGAGGCGCUGGUGAAGUCGUUGAAACAAAAAGUCAUCGACGUGAAUAGGACGUGUAAAGUGACGAAAGGGGGCGGAUUGAUGAACUUUACCGCCAUGGUGGUCGUCGGGAACGGUCGAGGCGUCGUUGGGUUCGCGACUGGUAAAGCCAACGAGGUUGGCCCGGCGAUUGAAAAAGCGACCAAGAAAGCGGCGAGGAGUCUGACCUUUGUCGAACGGUUUGAAAAUCACACGAUUUUUCACGAAUUGCACGGAAAAUGCGGUAAAACGAGAGUGAAGAUGAUGCCGAGUAACUCAGGGAGUGGGAGACGGUGUAACGAUAUCAUCGACGCUAUUUGUGAGUUAGCUGGAAUUAGAGAUUUGAAGGCGAAAGUGCACGGGAGUCAUCACCCGCACAACACCGUUCGAGCGGUGUUCGAGGCGUUGGCGAGCAUGCAAAGUCCCGGGUCAGUCGCCGCGAGAAGAGGCAUGAAGGUGUUCCAGGUUUAA